CAAAGAGAACUUCGUGGUUAAAUAAAGGUUGAAUAAAAAAUUAAAUAAAGACACAACUGGAGGAAUGUGUGAAGUGAACACAUUUCACUGGAGAAAAGCAGCAGGCCCACAACCCCUCUUCAAACAGGUGCUUCCCUGUGCACUUCCCCUGUGUCAGAGGCAGUAGGCAAAUUAUGGACAGAGCUGCUCCUGUCGACGGAAAGUGACUAAACCUGUUCUACUGAGGGGGAAUCGAACACCUCACUGUGGGUCAAAGUGGAAGGAAGGGGUAUGAGGCAGCAUCCAAAGACUUCGAGCACCAGCAGCUGGAUGUGUCUGUUGUGGGACGGUCCUUCAUGGUCACUGGAGCCAACAGUGGGAUCGGCAGAGCGACAGCCAUGGCAAUAGCCAAGAGAGGUGGGACCGUGCACAUGGUGUGCAGGAACAAAGAGAAAGCAGAGGACGCCAGGUUGGACAUCGUCAAUGAGUCUGGGAAUACGGAGGUGCAUGUCCAUAUUGUGGACAUGUCAGAGACACGCAAAGUGUGGGCGUUUGCAGAUGCCUUCAAGAAGCAGUAUUCAUCGUUGAACGUGUUGAUAAAUAACGCAGGCUGCAUGAUGCACAAGAGAGAGGUAAACGCUGAGGGACUGGAGAAGAACUUUGCCACCAACACGAUGGGGGUGUACAUCCUCACCCAGACCCUCAUACCACUUCUACAGAAGAGCCGGGACCCAAGAGUGAUCACUGUGUCCUCGGGAGGCAUGCUGGUCCAGAAGCUCCGAGCGGAUGACUUGCAGUCAGAGAGGGGAUACUUUGAUGGCGUCAUGGUCUACUCCCAGAACAAGAGACAGCAGGUGGUGCUGACACAACAGUGGGCCAAAGCCAACCCUGUGAUUCACUUCUCUGUCAUGCAUCCAGGCUGGGUGGAUACACCAGCUGUUUCCACGUCAAUGCCUCAGUUUCACCAGAUGAUGGGGGAGAGGCUGCGCAGUGUAGAGCAAGGGGCGGACACUGUUGUAUGGUUGGCCUUGUCUCGAGCUGCAGCCAGAACAUGCAGCGGGAAGUUCUUUCAAGAUCGUAAACCUGUUGCUGCCCAUCUGCCUCUGGCCUGGACUCACAGUUCUACUGAAGACAUUCAAAGUUUCAUUACCCAGCUGGAGACUCUGGCUAGAGCUGCUCAGUCACAACCAGAUCCAGAGCUUAACAGUUCCCUCAACCCCUCCAUAAUUACCCUUCCUCAAGUCGUCUGAAUUCAGCUGUAUUUGUUGCACUGUAUUACAUAAAAUUAUUACUAACAUCAAGAUCAGAUACUGGAAAGUGACACAUUUAUCAUGUUGAGUUCAAUGUACUUUCUAAUUGUGCUCAUUCACUUUACAGACAUGUAGUUCAGUGUCACCUGAUUUGAACUGUUACAUGUUUACUGCUCUGUAUUAACACUGCAGGUCAGAGUAUUGAUUUAAUAAGUAAUUGCCUGAAAAUAACAUAUUACAUGCAUGUAAUAAAUGAGCCUGUAGAUGAUACAAUUGGAUUUUGAUUUCUGACUCACCGUUCU